GCGACGGUCCUGCUGGGAGAUCCAUACAAGUAUUUAGAAAUAAAAAGGUCAGAAGCGAUGGAGAAAUUACAAAGCAUGUAUAUGUAUACCCACUUACGGUUGGGUGCAGAUCCAAUUACUGCUUUUCAAGACGCCAAAGACGUGGUGGACUUUGAGAUAAAACUAGCCAAAGCCAUUGUUCCACGAAAGGAACAAACUGACAAAGUCAAGGUGUUCCAAAAAAUGACGGUGGCGGACUUGACUGACAGGUUUCCACAGUUGGACUGGUUGAGUUUCUUACGGAAUCAAUUCAGCAGGACAGGAGAGGAUUAUAACAUCACAAUGGACGAAGUGGUAGCCAUUGAUGCUUUGAAGUAUUAUGAUUAUCUUUUCAGCCUGGUGAAUAAAACACCAACUAGGACGUUGCUGAACUACGGCAUGUGGCGUCACGUGGUAUUCCUUUCCCAGUUCCUUGCCCCAGACUUUCGACAGGUAGAAAAUAUUACCGAAAGUCUGUUGACGGCUUUUAAGAAGAUGAUAAAAGAUGCUCGCUGGCUGUCACAAGCUACGAAGACAGUAGCAUUGAGAAAAGGUUAG